AUGGGUAGAACACGAACAAAACCAAAUAGAAAUGCUAAACGUUCAUCAGUAGCAUGUGAAAGAUGUAGAAAAAACAAAGUACGAUGUGUAAUUGAUGAUGAUAAUAAAUGUAAAAACUAUACAAAAGUUGGG